AAAUUGCUGUAUUCCUGAUUCAAAUGUGUAUUACAUUCUCGACUCGUAUUAGAAAUAUUGCCAGCCCGCGACUCCAUACAAUAUUUCGGCAAGGUUGUGUAUUAUAUAUAUACAACUGAGCACAAUAUCACCAGCAGUUAUCAGCCAAACUGAUACAACAUGGCGGAGUUAAAGAGAGUCGCUUGUGAAGCGAUCGACAGGGUAGCUUUGGAUCUAAACAAUAUCAGUCAGGAAUUAUGGAAGAAUCCAGAAUUGAACUACAACGAGCACCAUGCUCACACCAUACUGACUGAUUUCCUGGAGAAUCAAGGAUUUCACGUGGAGAGGAAGUACAAACUCGAUACGGCUUUCCGGGCCACAUUCGGUGACGAUAGCGCGGGUCCACAUGUGGCGGUGUUGUGUGAGUAUGACGCGCUGCCAGAGAUUGGUCACGCAUGUGGACACAACCUGAUAGCAGAAGUGGGCGUGGCAGCCGGGGUUGGAAUCAAGGCUGUCAUGGAAACAUCCGGGCAACCUAUCGGCAAGUUGUGCGUGUUGGGUACACCAGCUGAGGAAGGCGGCAAUGGGAAGGGACAUCUUUUAAAAAGCGGCGCGUUCACCGAGUUUGACGUCGUGAUGAUGUCACAUCCGUUUCCAUAUGACGAUGCUCGGCCACAGAAUCUUAUAUCAGUUGAUAUGGUAACCGUGACGUAUAAGGGCAAGGCAAGUCACGCCGCGGCAUUUCCCUGGGAAGGCAUCAACGCGCUGGACGCGGCAGUCACGUGCUACCAGACCGUGUCCUGCAUGCGCCAGCAGAUGAAGCCGACAUGGAGAGCCCACGGAAUAAUCACAAAAGGUGGAGUUAGGCCAAAUAUCAUACCGGAAGAGGCUUCGUUGGAAUAUUACAUCCGGGCACCAAAUAGGGCGGAGCUUAAUGUGUUGCGGGAAAAGAUAAUUGGUUGUUUUGAAAGUGCAGCGACAGCAACAGGAUGCAAGGUUGAGUACGACUUCUCAGAUAUGCCAUAUUUAAAUGUCAUUAGUAACCAAGCUCUGGCUUCGUCAUUCGAGACAAACGCCAAGAUACUGGGGCUAGAUUUCAAGAAGCAUGGAUUGCCUACAGACAAUAUUCCCUUGGGAUCAACCGAUAUGGGAAACGUGUCAUACGUUGUCCCUAGUAUACACCCAUUCUUUUACAUUGGGACAGACGAGGUCAACCACACUAGGGGCUUUACUGGGGCUACAGGUGCCGCUGCCGCCCAGCCGUAUACCAUACUACAGGGAAAGGCAAUGGCGAUGACAGCAAUAGACGUCUUCACAAACAAAGAUCUUUUACCCAGAAUCAAAACUGAAUUCGACGAUGAACCACAGAGGAAGGAUUAAUAUCAUCUGUGUGUGCGUUAAUGAAAAUAUCAAAGUUGUGAUAACAUUCAAUACAGCAUUGUAUUUUAGUUCAUUUAAAUCUUCCUGAUCAGUCAUUAAUUGUGUUUUCUACCACAAUACACUGUGUCAUUCGACUCUCAGACCAUCAGUUAAUCAUUACAGCUGUUGAUUAACAAUCUGUUUAUACCACACGUGGUAUAAACUCUGUACGCAUUUUGCUUGGCUAACACGGUGAACUUUGAUCCAAGCUGCAAUUGUUAUUGACGUCAUCAAUAAUCUUAUGAUGUCACAUCACCGGGUCCC